AUGGAUGGUUUUCAAUUCAUUAUCGAGUCCCCUCAAGAGACCCAAGGUCACAAGAAACGCCCGCGUCUUGUGACUUCUUGUGAUAACUGCCGCCUCAAAAAAAUCAAGUGUCUGCAGUCAUCCCCCGAGACACAAUGUGAGGCCUGCAAGGCAGCGAAAAUUCCAUGCAAGUUUCGCGAUCGCGAACGAUAUUUUGCCGAGCGCAGUCGAGCCAUCGCGGGCCCCAGUUCCUCGCCAACAUACCAUGGAUUAUCGAGUAGACCAACGAUCACGGCUUCAGAGUCUUCAGAGCGCUCCAGUUCGGGUGGUGCAAAUGAGCACGCCACCCCGGCAUCGACCGCGCACACGCCACCAUCGCAGGGAUAUGCCAACUCCAUGUCUCGCUCUCCGUCCUACUCGCCACCAGGAACAUCAUCCACAGAUCAUGGUCGAUAUCAAAGUUAUCCAGAUCAUUCAAGGCCUCCUACAACUCAUAGACAUACAACUGCAGGUGAUGAGCACACUCGUCGAUAUGGAACUCCUGGUCCAGGUCAGGCAUUGGGUCGUUCCCAUACCACAUCGAGUGGCUACCGGCCAACUCAAGUCUUCGACCCCAUGAAUCCUCAGAUGCCACAACGCAGCUGGAUGCCCCAUUUCAUCCAGAUAUUCAUCAGUCAACUUGGCAGCCAAUGCGCGUUCAUGACUUACGAUGACCUAUAUGAAAAAUUCCGACACCAGACUCUAUCCCCUCUACUCUCCAACUGUAUUGCAGCACUCGGCGCAAGGUUCUCUGACAUACCGGAUGUUGUCGCGCGUGGUCCCCAGAACGUCGCAGAUAUUUUCUGUGAGAAUGCCAAGGAGUUGUUGUCCGCGGCACUUAACCAACCAUCUCUCGAUGUUCUUCACGCUGUCAUCACCCUGGCAUGGACAGAAUACAAAACUGGUCGGCUUCUUGGAUUCCGACAAUACGGUGAUCUUGCCAUGAGAACCGCAAUGGCUAUAGGACUGUCUGAAGAAUCCACCAGGCAGAUGAGCCCUUAUGACAGUUACCAAAAUCGUCUUCGUUUGACAUGGCAAAGUGUCUCUCAGUUGUACGCCUCAUCAGCUUUGUCGGGGUAA